AUGGCUCACCGGCGUCGGAUCCUACAAAGUUGGUUCACCGACUUGUUGUUCGGUGUCUCCUUGCUCUCAUCUAGGGUAGAUCUAUUCCCGGUGUGUUACCAGAGGCCCUUUCACCAGCCGCUAGGAUACCCCAGAUAUGCUUUUCACGAGGUUAGAUAUGUCGCUCUUCUCUUCUCCUUCGUCCCCCUGGAAUCGCUUUUCCCCGAUUCAGGGAUGUUCUCUGGCGCCUCCUCCGACCCCCCGCCGACCACCAUCCUCUCAUCCUCAGCCAUCCUCACAGUUCUCAAGACAGUUGACGAUGGAAGACCAAGACGGGACGUGUUGGUUGCUUCUUUGUUCUACUCAAGUGGCCAUGCUGCCUUGUAUUUCUUCGGCUUGUUACGACUCAACCUCUUAACUUCCUCCCUCGUGGAGAGAUCAAUUUCCUUACCUUCCUCCACUUUGGAGAGGCACUUACCACCAUUUUCCUCCUACUUGGAGAAGUUGUUUAAAAGCUUGGCCGUGAUGACUUCAAGAGCUCAAAGGUUUGUUCAUUCGCCUUUCAUGGCUUAUGAACAUUUCACCUCAGAUCUUCUACAGAUCCGAGAGUGGAAAAUCGAUGUCCAAGCGAUCAACUAUGAAGUCCCCUCGAAGGUGCUUCCGCUUUGUAUCAACUUUGAAGUUUUGAGAUGUGGACUCUUUGGCAAAGAGCUCCUUCAUUCCUCGUAUUGUAACCGCAUAUUAAGAUUAAUAUAA